AUGUUUUGCACUCUUUGCAGCAAUUUCAUUUUGUUUAGUUAUAUUAACUGCUUUUUUAAUGGAAGCAAUGCCCAAAAACUGCUGGCUGAGCGAAUCCUUGUUUUAACCCUCAUAGCAUUGCUGAACAUUCCAAACCAGUAUGUCGAAGCUAAAUUUGAAGUCUACAUCAGGAAGUGUCUCCUCAAGGUGUGAAUUAAACAUCUCUUUCAGUUUCAAUACCAUAUUUAAAAAUGAUUUAUUUUAGCAUAAAUGGCAAUUUCAAUGGGUUUUUUUUUUGUUGAGGCUUUAGUGUAAGUGUAAGGAAUUUAUCUUCCAUUGUUGACAAGCAGCCAAAAAGUGGCAAAUUUUAUAUUUGCACAGUUUAAAUUUGAACUAGUAAAAUCGGCACAUGUUUCAACUUGUAGAGCAGCAUACGUUUCAGGUAGCAAAGCAGUAUAGGUUUCAAUUUGUGAUUUCAACCAGUAAAAUAUGGCUUUUGCCAGUGGUGGUAAGCCUUUGGCAGACAGAGACCUCUCUUUUGACAGGCAAGUUCUUUUUUUCUUAACAAGAACCUCAGUAUUCAGAUUUAAUGGGAGUCUUGGCACUUUGUGAUAAAUAAUUGAGUUUUUGAUUUCAGUUUGGGAAUUCUGUCUUUAUAAAGGUUUGCUAUCACUGGCCAGUGUUAAACAAUAACUUAACUUUGUUUUAUGCAAGCUAUUUUAUCUUUUUAAUGCCUCUAUCCAAGUGUUACACCUUAUAAGUAUUAUUUGCAAUGCUAUAAUCCUAAUAUUUUACAUAUAAUCCUAUUUUAAAAAUCAGCUUGUUGGUAAUUUCCCAUUGUGGAUUUUAGCUGGAUUAUAAAGCAGUGCCCAAACGACUAAAAACACUUGUUGAUGAAGUCAAGAAAGGUAAAAAGUACCCUGACAUAGCAAGAAGUGGGGCACAGUACUUCAGUAUUCAAAAUCACAAUGAACUUAUGUUUUGUAAAUGGCAGAGUCAUUCAAACUACCUUCUGGUGUAUACAGAACUUAAUAUUUCAAACUUUCCCAACAUACUAUUCUAUGAUACUGAUAGACCAGAUGUGAUGGAUGUCAAGGUAAGACAAAAAAUGAAAUGA